AUGGUAUCGAUGAAGAGGAAGCACGAGGAGUUCAAAAUCAAGAAAAGUGUCUAUGGCGAUGGAAACAAGUGGUUCAGAGGGUCCAUCAUCGGAAAAUCAAGCAGCGGACCGGUUUAUUUGGCGACUUUGAAGAAACCCAAAUGGAGACUCACCCACUUGCCUGUACUAAUGGCUGUGAAGUCCGCAGAGGUUUCUCAUUCGGCUUUGCUUCAGAGGGAAGCAAUUGUUCUUAGCAACCUCCAUGAUUGUCCCUAUAUCUAUCGGUGCUUUGGGGAAGAGAUUAUGACCGGUGAUCGCAAUCGCAUCAUUUAUAACCUUCUCUUGGAGUAUGGCUCUGGCGGAACCCUAGCUGAUUUGAUUAAGAAAAGUGGCGGCGAAGGAUUGCCUGAAUCUGAUGUUAGGCGCUAUACAAGGCAUAUUCUUGAAGGUCUUGAUUGUGUUCAUAGCUGUGGGUAUGUUCACCGUGCUCUAAAGCCUGAGAAUAUCAUAAUUGUUCCUAUCAUUACUGGCACUGGCACUGAAUAUGUUGCAAAGAUUGGUGAUUUUGGGUUGGCAAAGAGAGCAAAACAGAUGAGGAAGAUGAUGACGAUGUCAAAGUCUUGUAAAUUGAGAGGAAGUCUCGGGUAUUCGUCGCCAGAGACGGUGGUUGAUAAAGGGCUACAACAAGAGUCUCCAUCUGAUGUCUGGGCUCUUGGGAUGAUUGUGUUUGAGAUGUUAGCUGGGAAGUCUGUGUGGGAUGGAAAACAAGAUUCAGAAGUUGAGGACAUUCUCUCUGAGAUUGGUAAAGGGCAUGGACUGCUCAAACUACCCAAUCAGAGUGAGGUAUCAGAGGAAGCAAUGGACUUUUUGAAGGGUUGUUUUGCUGGAAAAGCUAUGGAUAGAUUGACUACUCAGAUGCUCUUGAAUCACCCUUUUGCGGCUGGAUUGGGCGAGGAUAGCGAAGACGAUGAGGAAGAAUUAUCAGUGGAGGAUUCCGAGGAGAACAAUUGCUCGACAUCGUCGUCAUUGUCAUUGUCAGAUUACGAGUCUGAUGAUUGGAACUUGAGGGUCAAGAAACCAAAGGUGGAUGAAGAGGCAAUUAGUGUUUGCUCGUUGUUGUCAUACGAAUACAAUGCUGUGGAUGAUGAUGAACACGGUUCUUCUUGCGUUUCAUAUGAUUGGAGUAACAUGCCAUUGGAGACUGAGGAAUUGCAGGAAGUCGAUAGGCCAUUGUCACUGUCAGUUUGUUAUUAG